AUCAUGCCUCUGAUCUUGUAAGCUUCAAUCAUAGUGACUCUGAGGACUGUCAACUUCUCCUAGGGCAGAUUACCCCCCAGUGCGCCAAACGCCAUAGCUCACUCGUUAAGCUACGAAAUCGAGUGAUUCAACUUUCAGUGGAAAGCUGACGCUGCCAGCGACAACAUAUCCGAUUUUCAGAUCGUUUCACUUAUUGGAGUUUUGGAUAUAGCUAUUCGAAGGUCGCGAGUUUUCUGGGCGUCAUAACGAAGUGCUGCAGAAAUUUCCAAGGAGCCAUUGAAUCAUCUGCUUAUAGCCUUCUCUAACCAACAAGUGGUAUCAGAGCCUAUUAUCACGCAUUUGGGACCUAAAAUACGAUGGGAGAUAAGGAGGACUCUGGUGGAGGUGAUACUUCAGUCGAAGGAGGCAGCUCAACCCAAGAUUCUGGCAUUGCAGCGCAAAGGGGAGCGCGUACAAGCCAGGGGUCACUGCUUAAGGAGGUGCUGAAGAACUUCACCAUUGAGAAGUUCUCUGGAGAUGGCUAUGAUGAUUGGGCAUGGAAGAUGCAGCUCUACUUUCGACAAAUUGGCCUCUUGAAGCUCAUGAUUGGAAUGGAGCCAAGGCCAAAGGAAAUGGCAGAGCAAGCGGACUGGGAUGAACGUUCAUCUGCUGGGUAUUAUCUACUGUCACAAAGCUUGGAGCUGAACCAGAGGCAUCACAUCAUGCAUCUGCUACCGGAAAUUGAUUGUGGGCCCAAGGCAUGGGCAGUGCUCAAGGACCUGCAUGCUCCGACAUCCGUUGCCGCUUCUCUCAUGCUGGAUCGGGAGCUGUCCAUGCUGCGGUUGAGCGAGAAUGAACCUGUGCAGCCCGUACUGGACAAGAUGAGGGAACUCUACGCGAAAUUGGCGAUUGCAGGCAUCACGUACCCUGAGCAGACAAAGUGUCUCAAGAUGCUCAGCCUGCUGCCGGAGUCUUGGCUGCAAUUUAUAAGCGGACUCAGCUUGCCACAAAACCAAAGUCAAUGGACAUUGGAGUGGAUUCGCACCAAGAUUCUGGAAGAAGAUUUUGUCGCUAUACACUGCGCGGAGGUGAUGACAGCACCAGCGGCUAUGCCAUGCAAGGGACAUGGAGGGAUCGAGGGCGUGGCAAUCGCGGUCGCUCUUACCACAGCCAAGGUGGUCGCGGGACUUGGAACCAGCAGGGGCGUGGUGGCGCUGGUGCAAGAGGAAGAGGUGGUCACUCCAACAAUGACAACAGUGAACCACGCUUGAGGGGAGAGUGCUGGUAUUGCAAGGAAGAAGGGCAUCCAUGGUUUCGCUGCCCUACCAAGCCCGACUGGUGGACCCCUUGGAACCAAUCGCAGAAGGGGAAUGGAGGAAAGCAACCACAUGGAGGUGCCAACAUGGUAGCUGAUCCUGCUGAAGAAACCUCCAAGGAUGACAGAGGAAUGGGAAAUGAGGAGAGGAAUGCUGGACAGUUCUACCAUGUGUGUGACAAAGAUGACAGUGGCACAGCUGUUGCAAGGGCUGGAGAGGAAUUGCACCCGCUUGACAUGUGGGUCAUGGACUCUGGUGCUGCAUGGACAAUGACACCACGCAAGGACUUGCUGGAUGCUGUGCGAGCGCCUCCAAUCUCUGAAGUGCGCUCAGCAUCCGGACAUGCAGUGAAGGUCGCUGGAGUUGGUCGAGCUGCAUUCAGAGCACCUGAUGGUGGACUGGUUGUGCUGAAGGACGUGUUACUCGUACCGGGGCUGAAGGCCAAUCUGAUAUCGCUGCGCAAGCUAGGCCAGGCCGGAGUCAGCACCACCACCAAUGGAUCCAAAACAUUCAAGGGGCUGCGAGGAGAUCGUGUGUUAUGGGAUUUACACGAAAGCAGAGAUGUCUUCAGAUCCAUGUGGCAGAUCCCUGCACUGAUAUGGGAAUCAACAAAGAAGGAGUUGGUAGAAGUAAAGGCGGGUUCUGGAGUCCAGGGGGAGUGUAAUGCAGUUAGUGCUGCAGGAGUGACGGUUUCUGCAAGGUCGGGGGAGACUGAUUGGGAAACCGCACACAGGCGUCUAGGGCAUGUGGCUAUGCCAUUGCUGCAGCAACUGCAUAAGGAAGAAGCAGUAAAGGGGCUCAAGCUUUCUGGGCAACCAAAUGAUACCAAGUGCGAGACAUGUCUGCUGAGCAAGUUCACACGGUUCCCCUUUCACGGCGUAGCUGGGAAAAGCAAGGCAGCACUGGAACUGGUGCAUAUGGACCUCGUAGGACCUUUUCCAUUCCGAGGAAGUAAGGGGGAAAGGUACUUCCUGACAAUAGUUGAUGACUGGAGUCGGCUGAUGUGGGCAUACCCGUUGAAGCAGAAGGAUCAUGCUGCCUCAACAAUACGAGAUGAUUGGCUGCCGUUCGUCGAGCGACAAUCUGGGCACCCAUGCAAGAGCAUCAGAACCGACCGAGGUGGAGAGUUUCUAGGAGGAGAUCUGACUGCGUGGCUCAAGAAACAAGGCAUUGAGCAUCAGCUAACGACGUCCUAUACCCCUCAGUCAAAUGGCGUUGCUGAGAGGGCUAAUAGGACCAUCCUGGAAACUGCGCGAGCGCUGCUGAUCGAAUCAGGGCUGGGGAACUCCAUGUGGCCUCAUGCGGUGAGGCAUGCUACAGUGGCAAGGAACCGCGUACUCACAAAGGUGGCUGAUGAUAUGUGGGUGCCGCUGGAGAGGUGGCUUGGAAAGAAGCCUCCAGUGGACAUGCUUCGAGUGUUCGGAUGCAUGGCAGUGGCGCAUGUCCCUAAACCGUACAGGACAAAGCUUGGAGCAUCUGCACUUUGGUGUGUGCACCUUGGGCUCGCGGCAGAGAGCAAGGGGUGGCUACUCUGGGAGCCCUCAAAGAAUGUGCUGUUUGACAGUCGGGAUGUCAAAUUUGUGGAGAACAUCAUGUAUGGCAAGUGGGAGAAGCAGCCGGAGGCAAGGGUCACCCAGCAGCUGGAAGAGAUCACUAUGCACUUCGAUCUGUCCGAACCUGCGGACAGCGAAGUCACUGCGCCAACGGCAAGCGGUACUGAUGAAGGAAGCAAUGAGGAUAUUGCAGCUGAUGCUGAAGUCAAUGAUCCGGAGCAGCAGCAGCAAGAGGCUUCCAAAACACCAAGUCUGCCAAAGCGAAGGAAACAGAUUGGUGGGGGGACAAAGGAUUGGGUGAAGGUGAAAGAAUGGGUAAAUCCAACCAUCUACCCUGCACGUACCAGCAUGGCAACGAGAAAGCUGUUGAGCUCCACAAGUGGAGGAGCCACAACUGAGCAGCAGGAACAGGCUCAAGGCGAGAUGCAGUGCUGUUCUUGGGUGAUGACCAAGAGUCAGAUGACGAGGAGCCUGCAUACUGCUUUUACGCACCAAUACAACCUCCGAGCAUGGAUCAUGCGCUAGCCGGGCCUCAACGGGGGAAGUGGCUCGUUUCAAGAGAUGCAGAGUACAACAG